UUUGAGGUUUAGGGUAUAGGGUGUAGGGUUUUUGGCCAGCAGCGAGCGAGCGAUGGCGGCGAGGCGGCUGAUCGUCUUGGGCGCUGGGAAGCUCUGUGGCGGUAGCGCGGCGGCUUCCAAGAUCGCCAAUCCAUCGGCAUUGGUGCUCGUUCAUCACAAUUCCACUUUCAACAGCGAUGGAGGUAAUGGUUCUGUGCCUGGCGGAGGCGGCGGUGGCUAUGGGGUUGGGGGCGGCUAUGGCGUGAGCCCUCCCCCACAGGGCGGCGGUGGAGGUAACGGUGGCUACAGUGCUGGAGGAUAUGGCGUUGGCGGCGGUGGUGGCUCGACUCCUGGUGGAGGAAGCGCGGCGCCACCAUACGGUGGCGGAGGCUCUCCUCCUUCUGGUGGAGGUGGCGGUAGCUACGGCGUUGGCGGAGGCUCUAGCGCGGCUCCACCAUAUGGUGGCGGAGGAUCUCCUCCUUCUGGUGGAGGUGGCGGUGGCGGUGGCUACGGCGUUAGCUCAGCUCCUCCAUACGGUGGCGGAGGUUCUAGCUCGGCUCCUCCAUACAGUGGCGGCGGAUCUCCUUCUAGUGGCUACGGCAUGGGAGGAGGAUCAAGCUCGAUUCCUCCAUACGGUAACGGGGGCUCUAGCUCGACUCCUCCUUCAUACGGAGGUCCUUAUGGCGGUGGAGCCGGGAAUGUUCCUCGAUCAAGCAACUCCACCACCUCGGUUCCUUUUCCAAGCAACAGUAGCGGAUCAAUCCCUCCCUAUGGUGGAUCAGGCAACUCCACCCCUCCCUAUGGAUCUUCUCCGAGCAACAACAGCGGAUCAAUGCCUCCAUACGGUGGAUCAAGCAACUCCACCACCUCGGUUCCUCCGUAUGGAUCUCCUCCGAGCAACAACAGUGGAUCCUUUGGUGGAUCUUCCAGCAACUUUAACAACAGUAGCAGCUCAAUCCCUCCCUUCGGUUCUUCCAACAGCAUGAACAACAACAACAGUAGCAGCUCCAUCCCUCCCAAUGGUUCUUCCAGCAACAUCAACAACAACAAUAGCAGCUCCAUCCCUCCCUUUGGUUCUUCCAGCAACACCAACAACAGCAGCAAUAGCAGCGGCAUUCCUCCGUAUGGUUCUCUCAACAACAGUGGAGGCAAUCCUUAUGCUGGCGGGGCCGUGAACACAAACAUGCCACCGUAUGGGAAUCAAGCCGGUGCAAGCAACAACUCGUCGAGCCCUCCAUUCGGCGGUAGCGGUGGUAACUUCAACACGAAUCCCCGAGCUGGAAAGACUUGGCCGAAUCCAAACGCUUCAUCUCCUCCGCCACCAUCUUACUCUGGAGGAGGACGCAGGGGGAAUCCACAUCCGACUGUUCCGAAUCCUUGGUACCGCGACGCUAAUGGAAACUAUCCCAACAUGGAUCCAAACAAUCCUCCCAAGCCGCUGCCUGGAGCGACCAAGUACGCGGGUGGAACUUAUGGCGAAGGACGGCCACGCACCAUCAUCGACGACAUGAGGAAGAAAUACUUCGGCGAGGAUUGGUGAAGCGAGCCAUCCGAGGAUGAGAAUCGUCGAGGUAAAAGCUAGUUCUCUACAUAGAUCAUAGUGUUUAGAGCUUCUCUUUCGAGAUACUUCGUUACUUGUUUCUUCUCAGGUAGUCGAGUGAUUUAGAAAGAAGACAGAAAGCAAUCGAAUUGUAACUUCUCUCUCUCUGGAUCCAAGAAAAGAAGGUGAUGUUUCGAUGAA